AUGAGUUCCAAAGAGAGUGAGCUUGAGAAAGGAGUCCAAGUGCAGAAUCCCAUUGAGAUUGAAGAAACUCCAACCCAGAAAUCAAAUUCGUUUGCCGAAGCUUUUAGAGCUUUAUUUGUUUGGUACCCGUCAACUUUAGAUAAAGCUGAGAGAAAAUUAUUAGCCAAGCUAGAUCUUUCAAUUCUUCUUUAUGCUUGUUUAUCAUAUUUUGUCAAGACUCUUGACACCAAGAAUUUGAGUAAUGCUUAUGUUUCCGGUAUGAAAGAAGAUUUAGGUAUGAAAGGUAACGAAUUAAAUUGGUUAAAUAUUACAUACCAGAUGGGUUAUGUUGUUGGUCAGAUCCCAUUAACUUUGUUGUUAACACGCCCAAAGAUCUCAAAAUAUGUGUUACCAACGCUUGAAAUUAUUUAUGGGGUUUUAACUAUAUUACAGUCAAGAGUUACCACAAUUGAUCAUCUUUAUGUUUUAAGAUUCUUUUCAGCUUUCUUUGAAGCACCAACCUACGCAGCGACCCAUUAUGUGCUUUCGAUUACAGAGCCUACUAAAACAGCUUCUGGUUCCAUUAUUAAACCCCAACUCUAUGCUAGAACGGCAGUUUAUUUCAUGAGUUAUUCAGCAGGUAAUAUGAUCUCUGGUCACUUACAAGCUGCUGCUUACACAAAUUUAAGUGGUGUUCAUGGCCAUAGUGGAUGGCAAUGGCUAUUCAUUAUUGAUGGUAUUUUUACUUUAGGUGUCAGUCUAAUCGGAUUUGCUUUAUUCCCGGGUAUUCCCGAAUCAGGAAAACCUUUAUUAUUAACUGAAAAUGAAUUCAGUUUAGUUAAAGAAAGGUUGAAUCAAAAUGGUAUUAAAAAAACCAAAAAGAUCAAUUUGAACUUGAUCAAGAGAACAUUCACUGAUUGGAAAUGGUACUUUUUUGUAUUUAAUUAUACCAUCAUGGUUAUUGUCUGGUAUCCAAUUGCAUAUUUUAAUUUAUGGCUAAAAGCACAAAAUGGGAAAUACACCAUUGAUCAAAUUAACCAGUACCCAACAGUGUGUGAUGCUAUUGGUAUUUUUGUCUCUUUUUUUGGUGUUGCAUUAGCAGCCACAUAUCCGCAUUGGAUAUUGUACUCUAUAAGUACACUUGGUCCAUUAGUUGGGACAUUAAUAAUGAGUAUUUAUAACGUCCCUGAUGGUGCUGUUUUCUUUGCCUUUUAUAUAAGUUAUUUGAUUAAUGUUGAUAGUCCAUUGUUAUAUGCAUUUGUUGGUGUGGUAUUAAAACAUGAUUCAGAACAGAAGGCUUUCAUUGUUGGAUCAAUGAUGACAGUCGCUCAAUUCACAAAUAAUUGGUUAGCAUUAGCUAUUUUCCCAACUUCUGCAAAGAAUCACCAUAGAGCAGCUCCUGAAUGGAACAUUGGUUGGCCAAUUUGUGUUGUUUUAUCUGCUAUUAUGAUUUUCACUUAUGUGUUCUUUACUUGGUUACAUGAAAAGGAAAAGAAACAAGGUAAAGCUUUCAAAAACCUUGAUGAAAUUGAAAAGAUUGAAGAGAGUUCAAAUAGCGAUGAUGGUGAGUCCUUAUCAAGUGUUAGAAAGAGAUCUUAUAAAACUGAUGUCAAUGAGGUUCAUUCUAACUGA